UUGGGGCGAGGGUUGGUGAUGAACGGGGGUACUCUCGCUCUCUCCCUCUCUGUCUCCCUCUCGCUCCACCAGUGACAGCUGAGUGGCUGGGAGCUAAUUGCUGUUGCGUGAGGUCAGAGAGACAUUUAUCUGACUGAGCUAGCCUUCCCUGCUAGCCCACAACAGACAGACAGACGGACAGGGAGGACAGCUCACACUACAGAGAGGAGAGCCUGGCUGCUAAAGCACUGUCUAACUGAGAAGUCCCAGGGACAUGCACACACAUACAUACAGUCUUUCUCUCUCUCUCUCACACACACACACCUACACACACACAGGUUGUCAGUGAUCAGGAGCAGUGGGAUCACAGGAAUUCUAAAGCUUCUAAGGAAGAGGAAUACCACUAACUGUUUCAUCUCUGAACGCUCCAUACUAAUCUCUGGCCUCCACAGAACCCCUGAAACAUCUGGAAACAUCCGGAAACAGACAAGACAAUGUCUGCUGUUGGACGACGGUCUCCUCUGCCGGGAUCACACAGCCGACACACACAGUGAGGAUUACACUGAGACAGACAGACGGACAUCAACAUAAAGACUGGCCUCAUUCAUACAGAGAGACACUGAGACAGACAGACGGACAUCAACAUAAAGACUGGCCUCAUUCAUACAGAGAGACACUGAGACAGACUGACGGACAUCAACAUAAAGACUGGCCUCAUUCAUACAGAGAGACACUGAGACAGACAGACGGACAUCAACAUAAAGACUGGCCUCAUUCAUACAGAGAGACAGUGAGACAGACUGACGGACAUCAACAUAAAGACUGGCCUCAUUCAUACAGAGAGACACUGAGACAGACAGACGGACAUCAACAUAAAGACUGGCCUCAUUCAUACAGAGAGACAGUGAGACAGACUGACGGACAUCAACCUACAGCCUUGUGUCCUUACAACAGAGAGACAGACAACAGCUCCAAACAGAGAGAGACAUCACACUAGUGCCUGGUCACUCUGCAACCCUCCUACCCUCCACCCAAUCCACCUCCCACCAGCUGGCCUCAGCGCCCCAGCCAGGGGUUACAGGUCACAGGUUAGGGGGACCAGCCCGUCCAGGCUCCUAGUGAACAGCGCUAGGAGGGCUCCGUCUGGCACUCUGUUCUGUUCUGUCUGCCGGAGCAGACAGCAGUAUUUCAGCAUGUUGUCCGUGGCGCCCCACAGCAGUGCAUUAUAAUGCCCAGAUGGAUGCCACUGCCAUGCAACCUGCCUAACUUGCUGUCGGGACUGUACCUUCACCUCAUCUUCCUGCUGGGCAGCGUGUGUGUGGCCUGCAGCAACUGCACACCCGAGCAGCUGGCCGCCAUCAUGAACUGCACGAGCAAGCACGAGCACCACGCACGGAACUACGACUACAUGGAAGGGGGAGAUGUACGCAUACGACAGCUGUUCAGCCGGACGCAGUGGUUCCUUACCGUCGACGACUACGGCAACAUCAACGGGACACAAGACCCCACCAACUGUUACAGUAUCCUGGAGGUCCGUACGGUGUCCGAGGGAGGAGUGUUAGCUAUCAAAGGAGUGAAGAGUCAGUACUAUAUCUCCAUGAACAGGACUGGCCUGCUGCAAGGCAAGAAAAUCUACAAUGAGAACUGCAACUUCAAGGAGAUUUUCCUAGAAAACUACUUCAACGCUUACUCGUCUGUUAAGUCGAGCAGAGACGGCAAGGAGAUGUUCAUUGCUCUGUCUCAAAAGGGCAGACCACUGAGAGGGAAGAAGACCAGGAGGGAACACAUCACCUCCCACUUCAUUCCCAUGAAAUGCAGAGAGGAGGAGAGGACUGGCGUCUGAGAGAAGGAGACUGAAAAAGGAAGAGGUGACUGGAGCCUGAGAGGAAGACAGGACUGAAAGAGGAGAGGAGGAGAGGACUGAAGGAGGAAAGGACUGAAAGAGGAGAGGAGAGGACUGAAAAAGGAGAGGACUGAAAGAGGAGAGGAGGAGAGGACUGAAAGAGGAGGAGAAGACUGAAAGAGGAGGAGAGGAGAAUAUGACUGAAAGAGGAGGAGAGGACUGAAAGAGGAGAGGAAAGAAAUGGGGCUUUAAAGGAGGAGAGGAGAGGAUGGGCCUGAGAGUUGAGAGGACUGAGAGAGCAGAGAGGACAGAAAGAGGAGUAAAGAAGGAUAGGAGAGAGGACUGAGAGAGCAGAGAGGACAGAAAGAGGAGGAAAGAAGGAUGGGAGAGAGGACAGAGAGAGGAGGAAAGAAGGAUGGGAGAGAGGACUGAGAGCAGAGAGGACAGAAAGAGGAGGAAAGAAGGAUAGGAGAGAGGACAGAGCGCAGAGAGGACAGAAAGAGGAGGAAAGCAGGAUAGGAGAGAGGACUGAGAGAGCAGAGAGGACAGAAAGAGGAGGAAAGAAGGAUGGGAGAGAGGACAGAGAGCAGAGAGGACAGAAAGAGGAGGAAAGAAGGAUAGGAGAGAGGACAGAGAGGACAGAAAGAGGAGGAAAGAAGGAUGGGAGAGAGGACAGAGAGCAGAGAGGACAGAACAGAAAGGACUGAAGCUGUGACGUCUGGAUGAAGAGACCCAUGUUGGGAUUCUUGGACGUUGUGACGGCUGAGCUGCAGAUCUUUGUUGUAUAAUUGAAUAUAAUCUAACUCCAGUCGGUACAGUAUACCACUUCAGUCACGUCAUAUUAGCUGUGAAACACUGAGAAAAUACAACUACUCAUCAUUAUCAACAACUCCACUCUCCUGGCUGGUACAAUGUAAAUAAGUUCUGUAGUUACUUAUCCUUUCAUGUGCCAAGGUUUUUAGUGUAAAACUGAUGCACGGUCCUCCUCAGGAGUGCGAAUGUUAAAGGUCCAAUGCAGCUGUUCUGAGUAACAAUUAAGUACCUUACUGUGAUUGAUUUCAAUAAAAAUUGUGAAAAAGAAACAACAUUUGCUUCUUAGCAAAGAGCAAGUUUCUCAAGCAAGAAUUUAGCUGGAACAGUAUGUGAUUGGUCUGAGUGGGGAGGGGAAAACUGAAAACUAGCUGUUAUUGGCAGAGAGAUGUGAAACUCUCUUUCUUAUUGGUGAUGUCAACAGGCAGGCUAAAACUCCACCCACCAAAACAGGCUGAAAUGUCAUGCAGUUAUCUCAAACAGCUCCUACACUAAAAGGGAAUUAUCAUGAUUUUCAACAUUUCACAGUAUUAUUCCAACCUCACUGUGUGGAAAUAUAUCUAAAACAACAGGUAGUGGUCAAUAAUACUAACAAUAUCCUUGAUAUGGAUGAAGUCAAGCACUCUGUUUCAGCAUAACGGUUGUUUUGGGAUAAACGCAAUACAGGGAAAGUCAUUAGAAAAGGGAUGUUUGAGAACAUUUAUAAUAAAACUGUUCCUACUGACUGAAUUCUCCAGGUAAUGUCAAAAUGUAAUGUCAAAAUGUAAUGUCAAAGUAAGCUGAUCAGUCACUUACUUUACUCAAGAAAAAUAUUAUUAUUGAUAAUAGUUGUACUAUUAUACUAGUCGUACUUCCCUUAUUAUAAUGGGUAAUAGUGUAAUGAAUAUAGGAGAACUAAUAAAAUACAGUUGGUAUUUACCUGGAAUUUGCAAAAACAAACAGCUGGUUAUAAUUUGUAUUAUUAUGGGUGGUUCGAGCCCUGGAUGCUGAUUGUCUGAGAAACGUGGUAUAUCACCGGUAUGACAAAACAUGUACUUUUACUGCUCUAAUUCCAUUGGUAACCAGUUUAUAAUAGCAAUAAGGCACCUCGGGCGUUUGUGGUAUAUGGCCAAUAGUUGCUUCAUGCAUAACAGCCCUUAGCCGUGGUCAUAUACCACACCCCCUCGGGCCUCAUUGCUUCAUUAUAGACUACUUAAUCAAUCAAGAAAAUUUUAAACAAUGUGAUAUCAAAUGGCACCUAUUGCAGUGCUCCAUGUUUCAUUUCAUCCCAAACAUUCUAAGAGCUCGUUACUGAGUAAUAAUUAUUUGUUUCAAUGUUAUGUCUAAGAGCUAGUAACUGAGUAAUAAUGAUUUGUUUCCAUGUAAGUAAAUUGCAGGUAGAAAGCAGACUGUAAAAUAAAGUGUAACUAAACAGAGUAUAAUAAGCAAACAGUACCAUAUACAUAUUAACAGGUAUGAACUGUCAGCAGAGAACUACCAAAGCAAAAACUCAGUUGGCUUGAUGUUGGAUCAAUGUAAAGACAGACAGCAAGCUGGACUUGUCUUUUCACUGUACAAGUGUUCAAAGCAUACCAUAUACAUACAUACAUACAUACAUACACACACAAUAUAUACAGUAUAUUGAUAAAUAUAUAUGUACGAACUAAAAUACAUAUGUAAUUACAUGUGACAGCUACUCAUUGACUCCCAAUGAAUUUACUAAGGUUUCAUAAUGACUGUGUACCAAAUGGCACUGUAUUUCCUACAUAUAUAAAAUAAUGUACUUUGUGGGAUAAAUAAAGUAUUUUUAAUGUAAUUAAAAGUAGUGCACUAUGUAGGGAAUAGGGUGCAGGGAAUGUGGGGAAUGUGGGACGCAGGUUUAACAAUGCAAGAGUGUAACGCUGAUGAUGCUGAUGAAGUUAGGAAUGAUAUCUGGAUUAAAGUACAGAGACACCAGAACACACAGCGUGUUAAAUGUGUAUGUUAUACUGUAUGCCUUGAUCUUCCUCCACUAUAAUUAAUGAUUAUAUCAAUUGUUAGCGUUGUUCUCUGUUAUGCACCUGACGUGUUAAAUGGUAUUUCUUUAAACUAGCACCCUAUUCUAUAUAUAGUGCACUACUUUUGACUGGAGCCCUAUGGGCCCUGGUUAAAAGUAGUGCACUACUCAGACAAUAGGGUGCCAUUUGGGAUGUAUACAGGCUUUUUUUCUGUUGAGACAUUCCAUGUUCUGCCAGAUACCAUAAUGCUUUACUAAGGUAUUGUUGGUCUCACUAAGGAAUUGAAGUUAACUGCAGCAACAUACCAGAGGCUUCAUUUAACCACUUCAUUCCUUUAAUCUCUUCUGUUUUGGGAUGUUCCUGAAGCACAUCACAUAUACCGUACUCGUCAUCUCACUACCUACAGAAAGACCUUUUAAAUAACGUUUUAACAACCUUUUAAAGACAUUCACUCUGUCUGCACAGUUACAACUAAACUGCAAAAUGUCCAUACUGGCCUAUAACGUUUGUGUUAUUAUCCAUUGUUUUAACUUAUUAUUUGUGUUAUUUAUAUAAAAAACAAAGAGGAGUUAUUAUGGGGUGUUUGGAGUGUAAAUUAUUUAUUUUUUAAGAUGUGUUUUGCUGCGGCAUCUUUGGGGACAUAAACCAUGCCCUCAUUCUGCCACUACCCAUAAUCCUCGCUGGCCAGGAGUGUGAGCAGAGGGUUCGGUUUGAACCAGAGAAACAACAACAUAUCACCUGCCAACAACACAUUCGAGGAACAGCAAAAUACAAGACAUUCAGAGAAUAACUGAAUGGCAAAAUACAAGACAUUCAGAGAAUAACUGAACAGCAAAAUACAAGACAUUCAGAGAAUAACUGAUCGGCAAAAUACAAGACAUUCAGAGAAUAACUGAACGGCAAAAUACAAGACAUUCAGAGAAUAACUGAACGGCAAAAUACAAGACAUUCAGAGAAUAACUGAACGGCAAAAUACAAGCCAUUCAGAGAAUAACUGAACGGCAAAAUACAAGCCAUUCAGAGAAUAACUGAACGGCAAAAUACAAGACAAUCAGAGAAUAACUGAACGGCAAAAUACAAGACAUUCAGAGAAUAACUGAACGGCAAAAUACAAGACAUUCAGAGAAUAACUCGUCAGGAAUAUAAAAAGGAUCCUCUGUGCUGAUGUCAUAUGGAUAAUAAACCAGCAUAUAUCUGACAACUUAA